AUGGCCCUUUCAAUCAACUCCAUCCAAGGCAAAUCUGCUAUAGUAACUGGAGCUGGCUCUGGCAUCAACCUCUGUUUCGCUAAAUUGCUGGUGGAAAAUGGAUGCAACGUAUUGAUCGCUGACCUAGCCUUGCGUCCUGAGGCGCAAGUGCUGGCUGAUAAGCACAAGACUGGUCCUGCGCGAAUCGUAUUUCAAGAGACCAACGUGGUUGACUGGGCUCAGCUUGAGCGGAUGUUCGAAGUUGCAGAGAAGGAGUUUGGUGAGAUCGAUAUUGUGUGCCCGGGCGCUGGAAUCUACGAACCGCACUGGUCCAACUUUUGGCGUCCUCCUCACUCAACUGAGAGCAGGGAUUCACCCUCUGGCGGUCGAUAUGCUUUGAUUGACAUUAAUAUUACGCAUCCGAUUCGCACUUCGCAGCUGGCUAUUGCAUACUUCUUGAAGAACCGUACCAGCGGUCGACGCAAGCACCUCCUCCACAUUUCCAGUAUCGCUGGCCAAAUUACAAAUCUCACAGCGCCAAUCUAUAACGCUACGAAGCAUGCCAUCAACGGUCUGGUUCGGUCGCUGGGCGCCCUCGAUCAGAAGCUUGGCAUCCGAGUCACAGCCGUAGCUCCUGGUGUGAUCAAAACACCGCUUUGGACCGAUCAUCCCGAGAAACUCAAACUAAUUGAUGAUACCACCGAUGUGUGGGUAACUCCGGAAGAAGUGGCAGAAGUGAUGUUGGCGCUUGUUCGACAGGAAGAAGUGAGCGAAAUCAUUGGAGACCGGUCGGGUCGGGGUCCAUUGUACAAGGUGUCUGGAGGUACGAUUCUGGAAUGUUCAAAGACAGUACGGGCUGUGAAUCAAUUCAAUGAUUCAGGCCCUGGGAAUCGGCCUGGGAAUACAGCCUCCGUGCAUCGAACCGCAGAGGAAGAGAGUUAUCAACAGAUGACGCAGAAGGGUUGGGGUUUGCCCAAGUUGUAG